AUGUCACGCCUGUCUGAUGAAUCCAUCAUUGCCAUCGUCACUCUUGUCGUCACCUGUCCUCCAUCAUUCGUUCUCCUUUGGCAUUUGCUUAGACGUAAACGUCUCAACGCCCAGCGCGAGGUGCAAGAUAUCGAGCUCAAUUCUCGCUCUGCUAUCAACCUCCGUAUUGUAAAGCACAUCAAGGACACCUUGAUCCAGCCUGUUCUCACCCACGGUCUUUUCCGAUGA